UUACAAUUUUUUUCGAAUGAGCGUAUCCACUUUUGAAGGUUUAUUGCAAUCCUUAGAGCCACAUAUACGGAAACAAUAUACUAAUAUGAGGAAUCCAGUGGAGCCAAUAGAAAUGUUGGGUAUCACUUUGAGGUACCUAGGAAGUGGAAAUACGAUUCAAGAUUUAGAAUUCAAAUUUAAACGGGGGAAAUCUACGAUUGCAUGUAUGAUAUUGAGAGUAUGCGAAGCUAUAUGGAAACAUCUUCUUCGUGACAACAUCCCUGAACUGACAACAGACCGAUUCCAAAAAAUAGCAUCUGAUUUUGAUGUCAGAGCAAAUUUUCCUCAUUGCAUCGGGGCCAUCGACGGAAAGCAUAUACGCAUGUGUAAUCCUGCUAAUAGUGGCUCCCUCUUUUUUAAUUACAAAUCUUUUUUUUCUAUGGUGUUGCUAGCUGUUGUGGACUCUAACUAUAAAUUUACUUUUGUCGAUAUUGGCGCAUACGGAAAAGAGUGCGAUUCAACUGUUUUUCAAAACUCAAAACUGUACGAGUUAAUGAUUUGCGAGAAGCUGCCAUUGCCUGAUCCCCAGCCACUAUGUGGUUUUAAUAGACCAAUCCCAUAUGUGUUAGUGGGUGACGAAGCUUUUGGAUUAAGCAAACAUGUUAUGCGUCCUUAUGGUGGUAAAAAUCUCGAUGUAAUACAGAUGGUAUUCAAUUAUCGUCUUAGCAGGGCAAGAAGAUAUGUCGAAUGUGCUUUUGGAAUCAUGGCAAACAAAUGGCGCAUUUUUCACAGACCGAUAAACGUAUCCUAUGAUUUUGCUACUGCCAUUGUAAAAGCAUGUUGUGUCCUACAUAAUUUUGUGGCCGAUCGGGAAGGUGUUCGUCAAAAAGAUAAAUUGGCGAUAAUUUGUGAUGAGUUUCACUCUCUCCAACCCCAAAAUGAAGAAUUGACAGCAGCUAAUGGCAUUAGAAAUGAAUUUGCAAACUAUUUUAUGAGCAGCACAGGAUCUUUGAAGUGGCAAUUAAAGAAAAUUUAGUCAUGUUACUAGUAUGAAGAAAAAUAAGGACUCACCAAUUUU